UUAAUAGGAUAGGUAGGCAUUAGUGAUAAGACGCUCCCAGCAUCCAGGCUUGCCAAAUCCAGUGUGCCAAAUCCACUGUGUGGCACACUGGACGGUGCACAGUGGUUGGUGGAGCUGACUGGACUUUUUUUCAGCGGUUUUUGGGGAGAAAAAUAAGACAAAUCACAGCACCGUCCCUCAUCACCUCGUCGCUCUCCUUCCCCUAUUCCCCCGGUAAGACUCAGAUUCCCGCACUGCAACCAUGGUGGUGAUGAAGAUGAAGUUCCCCUUUCAGAAAAGGGUGAAGCUCGCCCAGGGACUGUGGCUCCUGUCCUGGUGUGCUACAGUCGCCGGGGCCACGACCUUCACCCUGGGGUGCGUCCUCAAGACGGAGCUCCGCAGGAGGGCAGAGGUCAUGGAUAACGCAGACAUACAUAUUGUGCCCAACACCCUCAUGAUUGUUGGUCUGGCCUCCUUGGGCAUCAACUACUUUGCGUCAAAGAUCUGUCAGGAUGCCCUGGAUGCUGGGCGUUUUCCUCGCUGGAAGAAUUUCUUGAAGCCCUACUUUGCUGCCUCUUGCUUCUUCACCGUGCUCAUGCUGCUCGCUGUCAUCAUGAGCUACGCAAUGAAGGGCAGUCUGGAGUCCUCUCUGAAGAUCGGCCUGAGGAACGGCAUCCGCUUCUACAAGGACACGGACACCCCCGGACGCUGCUUCCAGAAGCAGAACAUCGAUCGCCUGCAGAUGGAGUUUCAGUGCUGUGGAAACAAUGACUUCAGGGACUGGUUUGAGGUGCAGUGGAUCAGCAACCGCUACCUUGAUUUCAGCUCUAAGGAAGUGAAAGACCGCAUCAAGAGCAACGUGGAUGGACGUUACUUGGUGGAUGGAGUCCCAUUCAGCUGCUGCAACCCCAGCUCUCCACGACCGUGCAUCCAGUAUCAGCUCACCAACAACUCAGCUCACUAUAACUACGAAUACCAAACCGAGGAGCUCAACAUCUACCUCCGAGGCUGCAGAGAGGCCCUGGUCAACUACUACAUGGGUCUGAUGAACACCAUUGGGGCUGGAGUGCUGUCUAUCUUCAUCCUACAGGGCUCUGUGCUGGUGAGCUUGCGCUUCCUGCAGACGGCCAUGGAGGCAGUGGCCGGGAAGGAAAACACAGAGAUCGAGACAGAAGGCUACUUGCUGGAGAAAGGAGUUAAGGACACCGUCAUGGAGUACCUUAACCCUGUGCUGAAGUUCUUCCUGCUUACAAACCAGGUGGAAGAGGGAGCCACCACCUCAGGCGCGACCCCAGCUACCACCUAAACUACAUACAAUGUACACACAUGUAAAUAAUUUUUACACAGAGAGGCAACUAAUGACUGAUUUCAAUUUAAAAAGAAGAACACGAAUCACAGAUUUCUAUAAAUUUCUAAAAUUUAGGGAUAGUAUUUUUUAUUGUCGGAUCAAAAUCAUCAAUGCAAUAAACAAAAACUGUGUUACUUUACUUUCCCAUUCAAAUUCUGCCCUGGUAGGACCAGUGAAAGUACCCCCAGACAUUAUGGUAAACCAAUGAAUUCUGAUUUUGAGACACUCCUUAAACUAAAAUUGAUAUUAUCCUGAAAAUAAAUUUGAACUUUUUAAAAUCAUAAUUUACUGAUUUUAUUUUUGUUCUUGUUAUUGACUUUUUCUAUACAGUCUCACUAAAUCUCUUCAUUGCUUUGAACGUCAUGUGCAUUGCUAAUUGAAUUCUCACAAAACUUGUCUGUGUCAAGGGCAAGGAAAUAACCACUGUUCAACCAGUGGAUAAACAGUAAUUAUUGAGUUAUUGUGCGAAAAUGAUUUGGGGUCUUACAAAAAUAAAGAUGUAAAGCUGACUGUAGAGAAAGAUGAGGCAAAAUGCUCCGCUGCGCAACAGCACUAUAUCAUAAUGUAUCAAAUGAUUUAUUAAAGUUUAAAGUUCCUAAAUGC